GCUCUACGAACCGAAAUAAGUGUGUCUUCGCCAUGCAGCGCAUUUUACUACUUGUAUUUUCUUGGUGUCUGAUAAAUUAUGUGAAUAUUACUUGGACCAGCCCUUGUAAAACCACCACUAAGAGAGUUACGUCAUAUCAGGUUAAGGAGUGCACACGUUGGUUUUUGGCAUGGUGUACCUACCAUGCCCACGUGUGGCGAUACAGGGAAACCUACACAGAGACUUGUUGCCCUGGAUACGGAGGGAGUAACUGUCAACCUUUCUGUAACGGAAAUUGUCGAGGACGAGGUGCGUGUAUUCGUCCCGACACGUGCAGCUGUCGAGGGGGUUAUACAGGGAAUGCCUGCCAAACACCUGUAUGUAGUCCUAAGUGUCAACACGGAUCCUGCACACGACCUGGUAUCUGUAAAUGCUACGGGGGCUACACUGGAUCACGCUGUGAAAACCCCGUAUGUAAUCCAACUUGUCGGAAUGGAGGUGUCUGCGAGAGUCCCAAUACUUGUCGCUGUCCAUCACGCCGAUACACGGGUCCCAAAUGCAAUAUCCCCGUUUGUGACCCCCCAUGCUUAAAUGGGGGGACUUGUUCAAAUUCAAGGAGAUGCCAGUGCCCCAGUACCUACACAGGGAGUACAUGUCAAACACCUGUUUGUCGGUCACCAUGCCAGAAUGGCGGUACGUGCGUAUCCCCGGAUGUGUGUGUAUGCCGAAGUACACAUACAGGAUAUAGUUGUGAGACGCCUGUAUGCUCCCACCAAUCACCCUGCUUUCCUGGCACGUGUGAUAACUAUGUAAACUGUCAGUGUCAUAAAGGAUUUACUGGACAGGAUGGAAAUCAACGCUGCAAAACAAUGACGUCAGAGAUGGGCCCAAUUAUUACACAAUGUACGUCCAUUCUCGCUUUUAUUGAAAGAACUGGUCAGAGGAGGGAAAUGUACCGAUUUGUCACCGAUUCCUCUGAACCAAACUCUACGAAAGUAGAUACAAUGUGGGUAAAUCAAAAUGACUACAACUAUAUCAACAUCACAUUUGCCGCCAUCUUCACAGCACCAGACAACCUAGUUGUUCCAAAAUAUGUGAAAAAAUUUAAAAUGGGAAUCAUUUCCGGAAGAAUAACCAUUUUUCUUCACAAAGUGGGAAGAAAUGACGGGAACAAACCUUUUGUGAGCCGAAAUGAUACCAUAGACUGUAAAAGUAAGCCUGGUCCCCACAGUCCAAACGAUGAUGUAUUUUACUGUAACUACACGGAUGAAAACUUCGACAGACAGCUGGAAAAUGGCGACAAUUUAACUCUGACAGUUUUUACUGAAAACGGGGGCUAUAGAGAAUUAAUAGGAUCAUCGGGUAUAAAGAAAGACCUAUUUAUCGGCCAGAUGUCUACAAAAUCUACAAUGUUUCGCUUUGAUUUUGUGAAGCCAAACCACUGCCUUCUAGACAGAACAUGUGAGAUAAAAGCCUUUGAUGUGUCAGAGGAUAUUACCAAGUCACCUUUAGAAUUAUCGUGGCAGAACUGGGAAGAUGAGCUUUCUGGCAUCCAGGAAUACAAAAUACAGAUUUAUCUGCUGAAGCUGAACACAACGAAGUUGGCAGAACCAAAUCCAUGGCAUCCAGACGAGGAAAUAUCCCUUUCGGCAUCAGAAACAAGUUAUACCUACACUCCUAAAAGAGCAGGGGUGUAUUCCUUCAUACUUAAUGUAAUAGACCGCGCCAACAAUACACAAUACGCACGCACCUUGGUAUUAUAUGACCCUAGUUCAAAUAUCACGUUGUCUGAAUUACCAUUCCAGGCAAGAAGUGCAGAAGCUGAAACUAACUUUCAAUGGCAAAAUAAUCUCACUAACGACAUAAAUAUGUCUUGGAAAGGACACUUUCGAAACAAAUUCCAGGACGAUAAUAAACUUUUAAAUCCAGUAACACAUUAUAAACAUUUCGAUUAUGUGGCAAAAUAUGAAAAGCUAGUUCCUAACCAACUUGAUGAUAACUCAGGGAAAAGAACACUCAGAGGAAUCCGGAAUGUUCACGGUAUCGUGAAGUUUGAAUAUUUCUACAGACAUGGAAAUCAAGGAGAUAAAACCCCGCGCACCUGGUAUAUAGUUAAUGAUACAUUUUCUGAAACUCAGAAAUUUAACAUCGAAAGAAAAGAUGGCGAUACCAUUAAUUUCUGGGUCAGAGCCACAGACAUCAUGGGGAAUACGAAAGUCGACUUGACGAAGAUUUUCUUUGAUUCAAGUCCGCCAAAGAGUUUAAUACCUACGGAUGUUAUAUUUACAAAGAAUGUCAAAAAUGCCACCUUUGCUUUCUCCAGCCGGCUACAGGUAGAUGCUUUCGACGGGCAGAGUGGUAUACAUAAAAUUCAUGUGGAACUAAGAUCUAAUAGUAGCAACAAAAUAUUCCAUGAAAGUGAUAUUCCAGGAAACAAAACAGACGUGGAUCCUGGAUUUAAAACAGGAUACACGACGUCCGUAGGAAGCUUCUUUUAUUAUCGUCAUGAUGUAGACAUUAAUAACUGCUGGAUGGUUGUGUCCAAGGAAAAAUUCGCAGAGGAGUUUGUCUUAUUAAAUCUUAUCGUGUACAACAUGGCAAUGGAACCAACUUCCUACACUCAAAUUAUUACAGAUGUAGCCUCGCUUAACGGCAUGGAUGAAUACUCUGGCCCAAUAAAUUUAACCAUUACUGCAACCUAUGACAACGGUGUUCGUCUGAAUUGGAUCGUACCUCCAACAUGUUACGAGAGGUCAAAGGUUAUAGUACAGUUCCGUUCAUCCAGUGGCCAAGUUCACGUCCGAUUUGUAGAUAAAGACGCUGACUGGUUUGAUUUGACAGGAUUGGAUCCAGAAACAAGUUACAACUUGUCCUUUGUUACAGAAUACGGACCCCAGAGGAGUGAUCCUGUAUUUCUACACUUCAAAACAGCCGAGGCACCGGCUGCCCUGACCGGUGGAGCAAUAGCUGGAAUUUCUCUCACAUUUUUAAUCAUGUUGGGAGUAAUUGCUGCUAUGCUUGUUCUUUGGCGACUUGGACGUUUAACUGUUGUGAGAGAAGACAUUCAACGCAGGGUGACAGUAGUCAGAAAGAACAUCGCAAAUCGAUUAACAGCACAUAAUCCUACCUAUGAUUGUGAUGAUAUAUACAUAUAUGGCCAAAUGGAUUUCAAUAAAACUGACAAUUGGAUAGUACCGAGUGCUGACAUUGUGCUGGAUGCCAUGUUAACGAGCGGAAGAUUUGCGGACAUUUAUAAGGCCAGAUACCAGCCACAAAAUAAUAUGAACAAACAAAUAGUCGUAGCAAAGACUUUGAAAAGUGGAUACAGUGAAGAAAACAUGCUGAUGAUGAAAGCAAAAAUAAACUUUUUUGGGAAAGAAGUUGGAGAACACCCAAACAUCGUCCAUUUCAUUGGCGCUGUCGUCGAUAAUGAAGCAUUUGGGCCGUUCAUGGUUCUAGAAUACUGUGAAAAAGGGCAACUUCGAGAUUGGUUGCUACAAAAGAAAAAUACAUGGGCAGAAGACACAGAGGAACAGUUACAUCGAAUUGUCUACGGAAUUUCUAAGGGAAUGUCAUUCCUCGAGUCAAAAAAGCUUGUGCACAAAAGACUUGCUGCACGAAAUAUUUUGUUGACUGAAGAUCUGGAGCCCAAGAUCUAUGGAUUCGGACCUGAACCACCGCAGCAAGAAGGCAACGAGGAGGAAAAAGAUGCAACAUCAGACGAAAAGGAAAGAAUACCAGUAAAAUGGGCAGCUCCGGAAUGUUUGAUUUCAUUGAAAUCCGCCACAAGUAAAAGUGAUGUAUGGUCCUUUGGAGUUGUUUUGUGGGAAGUGUUUAGUUUGGGUGAAACUCCGUAUCCAGGUAUGCGCAGUAGAGAUGUACAAACUGAAGUCAGAAAUGGCCAUCGAAUGAAGAGACCAGAGUUUGCAAAUGAUUUCUUUUACGGAGUCAUGACUAGAUGCUGGAAAACAAAGCCGAAACACAGACCCAGUUUUAAGGAUCUCUCCACGGAGAUCGGGAAUACCUUCAACGCUGCUCCGUCAGAUGAAUUCUACUACUACUCUAAACAAUAAAAUCAGUUAUCUGUACAUGUAUAUCGUCUCUGAUGGUAUUUCGAUUAGUGUUUAAAAUUUCAGUUCACCAUAUGUAUGUAAUCUGUAACCUUCAGCAUUCUGUUGAAAACGUUGAGUGAACUUCUUGUGCAUUAAAUGACGAGAUUUUAUUUUCUCUGAAAAGUUCUAUCAUCUGUCGUGUACAUUUGAUAAAUACAUAAUACAUGUUCUAGAGAACAUAAUGUGUUUCGUAUAUAAACGAUGUAAAUGUGAGAAACAUUUUAAAGUUAUGAAAAUGAAAUUAUGAACAAACCUUCAGCAUUCUAUUGAGAACGUUGAGUUAACUUCUUAAAUGACGAGAUUUUAUAGUCUCUGAAGAGUUCUAUCAUCUGUCGUGUCCAUUUGAUAAAUACAUAACAUAUAAAUAAAAAUGGAAAUAGAA